AUGAGAAGCAAAAAUAGGGAAGACAGAAUUACUCUUAAUAGGUGUGGCAAGGGAACGGAAAGUCAGAAAACAGGCAUCAUGUUUUCCGGAGUUGAGCCUACAGGCAUCCUAUAUGUGGGGUACCUGCAUAAUACGACGUGCCAUCCCAUUCAAUUUGCAGGAGAUAAAUUAAAAGUUCAGUACUGCACAAUUUCUGCUUUGUUUGACAAUAAAAGCUUUCCAGGCAAUAGAAAUCCAGCUUGCAAGAGUCAGGUCACAGCUUCUAUAUGUUUUCAGUUCAGGAAAGCAAGAUGCAAGGAUAGAAAUCUGCUCGAUUCAAGAAAAUGCAAGGAUUUUAUAUCGACAGAACAGGAAUAA